AUAGUCGACAUGACAUUGAGUUGACAUUUCGGAGUAUAAUUUUAGCAUUUCUACCGAUUUAGUUCUUAAUUUUAUUUUUUGCAAUUGAAACAGUGGACGAUUGUUAUUAAUUAAUUUGUAGCACACGUGUCCACUAUCUACACACAACAAUAAUGCGACAAUUUCUGUGCAUUGACAACGAUUACAGCAGCUUCUAAGUGCAGCCAGCUGCUGUUGCUGCUGUGUGGGUGGGUGUCUGGGCGGCGGGUUGGUGGCCGUUGGGGGAGAACACUGAGACAUUGACAACAAUUACAUACGCUUAGAGCAUCUCGUCGCAUACUCGACAACUGACGCUCUUAGAGGUAAUUAUCAGAAUAACGCGUAGAUAAGAAGGGGACGAUAAACCGAGAUGCGUUCUCGUAGUAAUUCCGGGGUUCGCCUCGACUACUAUCAACGAAUUGUGCAUCGCUUAAUAUUGGCACAUCAGGAGCCAGUGACCGGUUUAUUUCCCGCCUCAAACGUCAAUUCGCAUGCAUGGAUACGCGACAAUGUGUAUUGCAUUCUGGCUGUGUGGGGCCUGUCAAUGGCCUACAAAAAGAUCGCCGAUCAGGAUGAGGAUCGCGCCAAGUGCUAUGAACUGGAGCAAAGCUGUGUCAAGCUGAUGCGCGGCCUGCUCAUGGCCAUGAUGAAUCAAAAAGAUAAGGUCGAGAGAUUCAAAAUGACCCAAAGCCCCUUCGAUUCGCUGCAUGCCAAAUACUCCAGUAAGAAUGGUCUGCCCGUUGUCGGAGACAACGAAUGGGGCCAUUUGCAAAUUGAUGCGGUAUCCCUAUACCUGUUAAUUCUGGCCCAAAUGACCGCCUCCGGUCUUCAGAUUGUUUUCUCAUUGGACGAGGUGUCGUUCAUACAAAAUCUGGUAUUCUACAUUGAGUCGGCUUACUCCAUACCAGACUAUGGUAUUUGGGAACGCGGCGACAAGACCAAUCAUGGUGAGCCCGAACUGAAUGCCAGCUCCAUCGGCAUGGCUAAGGCAGCAUUAGAGGCCAUGAACGAGCUGGAUUUGUUUGGAGCACGCGGUGGACCCGCAAGUGUCAUACAUGUCCUUGCCGACGAGGCGCACAAGUGCCAAGCAGUGCUGCAGUCCAUGCUGCCGCGUGAGUCGAACAGUAAGGAGCUGGAUUCUGGCCUGCUGUGUGUCAUUGGCUUUCCAGCUUUUGCUGUUGACGAUGCCCAGCUAAUACACAAUACACGGGAUGCAAUAUUGUCGCGCUUGCAGGGAAAAUAUGGCUGCAAACGCUUCUUGCGCGACGGCUAUCGCACACCCAAGGAAGAUCCCUCGCGUCUCUAUUAUGAGCGCUGGGAAUUGCGCAUGUUUGAAAACAUUGAAUGCGAAUGGCCGCUCUUCUAUUGCUAUCUGAUACUGUUCCACGCAUUUCAAAAUGAUAAAGUCUUGGUGCAGGAGUAUGCGAAUCGGCUGGAGAAGAUAAUGGUACGCUCAGAGGAUGGUACACUGCUGAUACCUGAGAGCUAUGCUGUGCCGCAAGAUUUGGUGGGCUUUGAAUAUCAGAAGCCCGGCUCGCAGGAGCGCGUAGUUGUUGGCCGCUGUCCCUUCCUAUGGGGCCAGUCGCUGUUUAUUCUAGGUCGCCUCUUACAGGAGGGCUUUUUGGCUGUGGGCGAGCUGGACCCGUUGAAUCGUCGCCUGGGCGCCCAAAAGAAGCCCGAUGUUGUCGUUCAAGUGGUCAUCAUAGCCGAGGACAACGAGAUUCGCGACAAGCUGGCCGAGCACGAUCUGCAUGUGCAAACGAUUGCCGAUGUGGCACCCAUUGAGGUGCAGCCGGCACGUGUGCUCAGCCAUUUGUACACGUACUUGGGACGGAAUCGCAAGCUGGGACUAAGUGGACGUAAAUCGCGCGAUGUCGGCAUAUUAAGUACCAGCAAAUUGUACUCUCUGAAGGAUCGCAUCUUUGCCUUUACUCCGCAGCAUAUCGACUAUGAAGAAUACUACACGACACGCGAUCCCGAUCUGCUCGCUAGCAAUUUUACCACAAACUUAGGCUUCUUGACCAACAAUUGGCGUCACAUGUUGGGCAGGCCGACAAUCACAUUAAUGGCAACGCAUUAUAUGCUAGACCAGGACAAGAUUCCGCUGGCCAUGAUCCAGACGAUGCGCAAGCUGAAGUCGGGCUACAUAAAUGGCACUCGGGUCAUGCUGGGCAACCUGAAGGACUUUCUCAACACCUCGGCGAUCACGGACUUGAGCUUUCUGGGCAGCACCGAGGACGGCUAUCCGGACCGGCUUCACCCGGAUGUUCAGACCUAUUUGGAUGAGCAUCUGUUGCGCUCGUUCAGCAAUCGCAGCACCAUGAAUCUACGCGGCGGCCAGCUGCGUCCGCGACAUCUGCGCCGACGCAUGUCCUGCAAGGGCGCCAUCAAGAAGACGCGCUCCAUCAAUGUGGACUCCGAUAACUUGGGCAUGGAGGGACCGACGCCACUGACCGAACGCCGCCUCUCGUCGAUCGUGCCGCCGCCCUGGCUGCAGCCCAACAAGCAGGGUCACGUCAGCACCUUUGCCACCACGCCCGAGGAGGGGCCCAGCUCGCCGCCGCAGCUGGGCGGCGAUCUGGGUCUGCGCGAGAACAUCUAUCCCAUGGAUCCGCAGCACAGCCGCUCGGCCAUCGAUCGCCGCAGCGAGUUCGUGCGCCAGCAAGAGAUAACUGUGCCCAAAAUUCUCAUUCAACGCCAUCGCGUGGACACCAAUUUUGCGGACACAGAGGUGGAUGAGCUGAUCGCGAUGCUGCGCGAAACCGAGAAUCUCGAGGAGCAGGGCGACAUCCUACAAUAUCUGGUCGAUACUCAAGGCCUGGACUUCAAUACGGCGGGUCUGGGCUUAAGGCACAAAACUGAUGACAAUGCCGCUGAGCUCGAACAAGCAUUCAUGGACGAUGCAAUGCUCGAGUUGUCAACUGCUGGUGGUGGUGGUGGAGCAGCUGCUGCUGCUGGUGCUGGUGCUGGUGCUGGUGAGGGCAAGCCUGUGGCCGCGGCUGUGCCUACAGUGAUCAUCGAUGCCACAUCCCCCACAACUAAGGACGAGGAAAAUGCCAAUCUGACCGCCGCCUCCGCCGCCGCCGCCAAUAACAGCAGCAACAGCAACAAGAACAACAGCUUGAAUAACAACGAUUCUUCUCACUCUGAAGGCAUGCUGGAGGAGGGACGUGUGGUGACUAUAAGGGAUCUGCUGAAGGGCCUGUACGAGAAGGCCUGCCAGGAGAAGCUAUGGGGCCUGGUGCGCCAUACAGCCGGCAUGCUGGGCAAGCGCGUCGAGGAUCUGGGCAAGGCGGUCACCGAUCUGCUGGUGCGCCAAAAGCAGGUCACCGUCGGCAUGCCGCCCAACAAUGAGCACACCAUAACGGCACCCUUGCCGGAGGUUGAGCUGCGUCAGCUAAUACACGAUGCCUACGGCGACGAUGAGAGCACAGCGAUGCUGACACAGGAGCUGAUGGUCUACCUGGCCAUGUUCAUACGCACUGAGCCGCAGCUGUUCCACGAGAUGUUGCGGCUGCGCGUGGGCCUCAUCAUUCAGGUCAUGGCCAAGGAGCUGUCGCGCACGCUUAACUGUGACGGCGAGGCUGCCUCGGAGCAUCUACUUAACCUUUCGCCCUUCGAGAUGAAGAACUUGCUCUACCACAUACUCAGCGGCAAAGAGUUUGCGGUCAGCAGCGCAGUGGCUCGUGGCAAUCUGUCGAUAGUGAGCUGCAAGUCGAGUCGGGUCAGCAAGAAGAGUCAGAUUGGACUCGGCGAUCCGGAGGGCGAGGAUGCACUAACGGCGACCAUCGAUGAUCGCCAGGGCCAGUGGCUGCGCCGCCGGCGACUCGAUGGCGCCCUGAAUCGCGUUCCACGUGAUUUUUACUCGCGUGUCUGGACCGUGCUGGAGAAGUGUCAGGGACUCGCCAUUGAGGGUCGCGUACUGCAGCAAAGUCUUACGCAGGAGAUGACGCCGGGAGAGCUGAAAUUCGCCUUGGAAGUCGAGACGGCACUCAACCAAAUACCCCAGCCGGAGUACAGGCAGCUGGUUGUCGAGGCGCUCAUGGUGCUGACCCUGGUCACCGAGCACAAUAUGGUGCCCUCGUUGGGUGACAUCAUCUGUGUCGAGCAUUUGGUGCACAAGGCGAAUCAGCUGUUCCUAGAGGAUCAGCGCAAGGUGCAGGGCGACGCGACGCUGUGCUGUGCCAAGCUCAAGGAUGGCAAGGAGCAGCAGCAGGCUGCCUCCGGCAUGUUACUCUGCGGUGGUGCCGCCUACAUUUGUCAACAUCUCUAUGAUAGUGCACCCAGCGGCAGCUAUGGAACCAUGACGUACUUGUCGCGCGCCGUCGCUCUGGUGCUGGACUGUGUGCCCAAGCAUGGUGAGAUGGAAUGCGCAAUCUCCUAAAGCCAAUGUGCGAACGCUACACUCAACCUGGAAACAAGCAAAGCGUCUGUAGGACGACGCUCACUUAAUGCCAUGUACUGUACUAUCGACGACUUAUGCUAUUGUCUUUAGCUCUCGCUCUCGCUCCCGCUCUCUCUUGUUAUCCACCUAUCACGCUAUCUCUCUCUGUUUGAUUAUCUGGCUGUAGACACACAGUCUCAUUCUCUCUCGCUCGCUCGCGUCGUACUUGCGUCUGGCCGUGUAUUUAGCCCAACGAUAUGUUAAGUCUGAGAUCCGCCCCGACUCGGCAAUACUGUAUAUAUGUAUUUUGUAGACCAUCCGCCUACUCAGCAAUUUGUUAAUGUGUUUCUUUUUUGUUGAAAUUCUGGAGCGGCUGGCAAUCCGGGAGCCAAAAACACCAACACACCAAUCUCUUCACACUCCCAGCAGCUAUCAACGUGCCUGCUUCCGCCGCAUACAUUGAAUAUGUAUUAUCACAAUAAUUGAUUGAUUGAUUGAUUGAUUUUUACACGCCAAUGACAACUGCAGUUCCCCCACGGGAAUUCGACCGACACGUUUUAAAUGUUUUUUUCUAGAUCUACUAAGUUGCAAGUUAUUAUUGUAAAACAUACAAAAAGAAUAAAUAUAUAUGACAAGAGUAUUUUUUUGCAAUGUUA